AUGUUUCUCAGUCCCCUCUGGUUCCGUAUUUUCGAUAUCAUCUUACAUUUCAUCCUUUCCGAUAUGGAUAUUCCUGUCCCUUCGCAUCUGUCAGUUCCUGCACAAAACUCCGUCAGUGGGCCGAAGCAACAAAGUGGUCAGAGUGACAUACUCCUCCCUGAGGACCACCGGGUCCACCAUGUCCGCCCUGGUGCUGUCCAGGACCUCCCGGGUGCUGCGGGUGCUGCGGGUGCUGCUGUCCUUGGAAUCCGCCCUGAGGUCCUCCGAAGCCUGGACCACCGGGACCACCAGGGCCACCAGGGCCACCGUUAUGUUGAGGAUCACCCUGGGGUCCGCCGGGACCUUGCUGGUGGCCCUGUUGGUGGCUGUGUUGCUCGUUUUUCUCGUGCUCGUUGUGCUUAUCGUGCUUGUCGUGGUGGCUGA